AUGAGAGGAAGUUUGACAGCCACAGUAUCAGUAUUUUUGCUCGUAGUGAAUGUUGUAUGUGCAUCACCGGUUACAUUCGAAUUGAAGAAGGGCAUUACAGAUUGUUUUAACAUCUUAACGCCAACUACCGAUUGUCAGGUGAUUUAUUACUUUGCAGUACAAUUCGGUGAGAAUGAAGACUAUAAGCUUUCUUAUGAUAUAUACGAGCCUGGAAGCACUGGUCAGGGGAAUCCUAUAAUUUCUAGAGUCGAUGAGAGACAAGGUGAAUGGACGUUCGUGGGUAAACAUAAGGGUGAGUAUAAAUUUUGCUUCAAUGGCGGUUCCAAGAGUGAUAAGGUCGUAGAUUUAGAAAUUCAAUAUGACUGUGACGCUGUGAAUGACGUUAGAGCAGAUAAGCGUGCUAGGAGAAAGGCCAAUCGUAAUUUGAAGAAGACUGAUGAAGACGAAUUAUCCACGUCGUUAGAAAAUUCUAUAGAUUCGAUUGAAAGACAACUUUUCGAAUUAGAAAAUAAUUUAAGAUACUACACAACUAGAAAUUUGAGAAAUCAUCAAACGGUCAGUUCUACAAAUAGAAGAAUUGUCUUAUUCUCUAUCUAUGGGAUUCUGUUAGUCCUAGGAAUGAGUAUCGGACAAAUCCUAGUAUUGCAAUGGUUCUUCAAAGAGUCACGGAAACGUAAAGUGUAA